UCUCUACUUCACUCAUUUGUGGAUGUUGGUGCUUGGCGGCAGCAGCGCUGGCAGUGCCCUCUACCGGAACUUACCUGUGUCUACGUGGGCACCGCCCCAUCUCUACUUCACUCACCUGUUGGGACUACUGCUACUGCUGCUGCUCACGCUGGGCUGCAGAAGGGUUGGCGGUGCCUCCUAUCGGAACUUACUUGUGUCUACGUUGGCACCGCCCCGUCUAAGUCUGACUCACCUGUGGAAGUUAGUGCUUGGCGGCAGUGUCGGCAGCGUUGGCAGAAGGGUUGGCAGUGCCUCCUAUCGGAACUUACCUGUGUCCAGGUUGGCAUCGCCCCGUCUAAGUCUGACUCACCUGUGGACGUUUGUGCUUGGAAGCGUUGGCAGCAUUGGUAGUGCCCCCCACCGGAACUUACCUGUGUCUACGUUGCCAUCACCCCGUCUAAGUCUGACUCACCUGUGGACGUUGCUGCUUGGCGUGGUGGUGCUCGGAGGACGCGUUGGCAGUGCCAUUCACCUGGAAGCCGCCCAGAGCCACAGUAGUUUCACGUGUGAGCCGAUCGGUCUCCGUAUGUGUCAGGAGCUGCCAUACAACAACACGUUCAUGCCAAACCUCCUGAACCACUACGACCAGCAGACAGCAGCACUCGCCAUGGAGCCCUUCCAUCCGAUGGUGAACCUGGCGUGCUCCUCUGACCUGCGAGGCUUCCUGUGUGCUCUCUACGCCCCGGUGUGUAUGGAAUACGGCCGCGUGGCGUUGCCAUGCCGAUCGCUAUGCCUCAACGCCAAGAGAGACUGCCACAAGCUCAUGGACAUGUUCGGGGUCGCAUGGCCCGACGAGAUGGAAUGCUCCAGGUUUCCUGACUGUGAGGAGUCGUACCCGCGUGCGGUGGAUCUGCUGACCGGCGUCCAGACGACAGAGGAGCCAGCUGUGUCCGUACAGAGAGACUACGGAUUCUGGUGCCCCCGAGAACUCAAGGUUGACCCCGACCUGGGCUACUCCUUCCUGGGUGCGCGCGAUUGCUCCGCCCCCUGUCCCAGCAUGCAUUUCGCUCGUGAUCAGCUGACCCUGGCGCGCUACCUGAUUGGUGCGUCGGCCAUCUUGUGUCUCACGGCGACGCUCUUCACCUGCCUCACCUUCCUCAUCGACGUCACACGGUUCCGUUACCCCGAGCGACCAAUCAUCUUCUAUGCCCUCUGCUACCUGGUGGUGGCGCUCGUGUUCCUCCUCGGAUUCCUAUUGGAGGAGAGGGUGGCGUGCAACGCGGCCAGCCCCUCCCAGUUCCGCGCGUCCACGGUAACGCAGGGCUCCCACAACAAGGUCUGCACACUACUCUUCAUGGCCCUCUACUUCUUUAGCACCGCAGGGGGCGCCUGGUGGGUGGUGUUGACUCUGACCUGGUUCCUGGCAGCGGUUCCCAAGUGGGGCUCGGAGGCCAUCGAGAAGAAGGCCCUGCUCUUCCACGCCGCGGCCUGGGGAUUACCGGGACUCCUCACCGUCACACUGCUCGCACUCAACAAGACGGAGGGUGAUGGCGUGAGUGGUGUGUGUUUCGUGGGGCUGUACGACGUGACGACGUUGCGAUGGUUCGUGCUGGCGCCUCAGUGUGCCAACGUGGUGUUGGGCGUGGCACUGCUGCUGGCGGGCAUAGUGGCACUCAACAGAGUACGCAUGGAGAUCCCUCUUGAGAAGGAGAAUCAGGAUAAGUUGGUGAAGUUCAUGAUCCGCAUCGGCGUCUUCUCGGCGCUCUACCUGGCUCCUCUCCUCACCGUGAUUGGCUGCCUGAUCUACGAGCAGAGCAACCGGGCAUUAUGGGAUGGCACCUGGGUCAAGGAGACCUGCAGAGAAUACCACAUACCCUGCCCUUACCAGGUGGAGGAGAGUUCUCGUCCGGUUCUGGUUCUGCUGGUUCUGAAGUAUGUGAUGGGUCUCGUGGUGGGAGUGCCUUCAGUGUUCUGGAUCAGCAGCCGGAAGACCUGCUCAGAAUGGGCCAGCUUCCUACACGGACGCCGCCAGCGCAAAGAUAGUGCGGUGAAUGAGUCUCGCCAGGUGCUCCAGGAGGUGCCUGGUGACUUCGCCGCCUCGCUGCUCCUCCGCGACCCCACGGCGACCCCGGUCGUCAGGAAGUCUCGCGGCACCUCCACACAGGGCACCUCCACACGCGCCUCCUCCGCCCGCGCCUCCUCCUCCGCCCACCUCAACAUGGCGGACGACGACGAGGAGGAGGAGGAGGAGCCCACCAGCCGGCCCACCAGCCCACGUUACCAUGGCGGAAGCACCGGUUACCACGGCAGCCCAGGUUACCACGGCAGCCUGCACCGCAACAGAGACGGGAGGUAUACUGGCUGCACCUAUCGAGGUCCAGAUGAGCGCUCUCCGUACGGCAGCAUGCCCCGCCUCCAAGACCAGCUCUCCUCCAAUCACGGCAGCCUUCGGGACCUGGACAGCCUAUCACGGCAGGGCAGCCAGAGCAGAAGCCACGCCCCCUCCGCCUGCAUGCCCCUCCCAUCCAUGUCUCCCACCCACGCCCCCAGUCUCACAUACACACACGCAGACGAGGACCUAGCCAACGCAUAGCCAGCCAGGACACAGUCGAUAACACACACACCAGUGUGUGUGCGUCCGUGUGUGUGUGUGUGUGUGUUUGAUACAUGACACACGACUCUGGCAUCCCUUGCAUAGAUGAAGACACCGCCCAUCAGUGUGUGUGUGUGUGGCACAUGGAGCAGUGUGUGUGACUCCAAGGGUUGUGUGUGUGUUUGUGACGCAAAGAUAAACUUGUCACGAGUGUGUACACACACACACACAGCCAAAGACGGUGAAGAUGCUAAUGCUAACAUGGAAGGAUGCUAACACGCCCCCUGGUUUGGACGAUGUACAUCAGAGGGUUGCGGGAUCGAAUCCCACCGUGCCAUCCGUGGCUGAAGUGCACUGCACAUAACUUUAUGCAACGACUGUAUGAAACUGCAAGCCGCUUUGGAUAAAAGCGUCAGACACCUGUAAUGAGGAAGUGUGAUGUAACACAUCAAUAUGUUAACGCUGACAUGGACGAUGCUAAUGCUAACAUGAAAAAUGAAUGAACCGAAGGA